AUGUCACUCAAUUAUCUACUUUUCUUCGGGAUCAUAGCUUCUUUUUGCUAUGUCUCUGUGGAAACAAAUGAGGCACGAGUUGUUUGCUACUUCAGUAAUUGGGCCAUCUACAGGCCUGGUAUUGGGCGCUAUACCAUAGACGACAUACCAGGGGAUAUGUGCACUCAUGUCAUAUAUUCAUUCAUAGGCGUCAGUAAUGUAACAUGGGAAGUUCUGAUCCUGGAUCCAGAAGUAGACGAAGAUCAAGGAGGAUUCAGAAAUUUUACGAAUUUGAAGAGUAAAUAUCCGAACCUGAAAACGAGCUUGGCCGUUGGAGGUUGGGGUGAAGGUGGUCGCAAAUAUUCAGCUCUCGUUUCAAUGAAGGAAAGGAGGAAGAGUUUUAUCGCUAGUGUUGUUGAUAUGAUGAAUAAAUACGGCUUCGACGGAUUCGACCUCGACUGGGAGUACCCAGGAGCAGCUGACAGAGGAGGCAGUUUUUCAGACAAAGACCGUUUCUUGUACUUCGUUGAAGAAUUAAGAAGGGCUUUUGAUGCUCAGAAUAAAGGAUGGGAAAUAACUAUGGCUGUACCAUUAGCCAAAUUCAGGUUGAAUGAAGGGUACCAUGUACCAGAAUUAUGCGAAAAUAUUGAUGCGGUCCAUGUGAUGGCUUACGACCUUCGUGGUAAUUGGGCAGGAUUCGCCGAUGUCCACAGUCCACUUUACAGGAGACCACAUGACCAAUAUGCCUAUGAACUGUUGAAUGUAAAUGAUGGAUUGCAACUUUGGGUUGACUUCGGAUGCUCUCCAGACAAACUGGUUGUUGGAGUUCCGUUCUAUGGUCGAUCAUUUACCCUCAGCCAGGGCAACAAUAAUUAUGGAUUAGGAACAUACAUCAACAAAGAAGCUGGUGGUGGAGCUCCUGCGAAUUAUACAAAAGCCAAAGGGUUCUUGUCAUAUUAUGAAAUCUGCAUGGAGCUGGAGAAAGAAAACAAUGGUUGGGAACAGAAAUGGGAUGAACAUGGAUUUGUCCCUUACACCUACAAAGGUACUCAAUGGAUUGGAUACGAGAACGAAAAGAGUCUACAAAUCAAAAUGGACUGGAUAAAAUCCAAAGGAUACGCAGGAGCUAUGGUUUGGGCCAUUGACAUGGAUGAUUUUAGAGGUGUCUGUGGUUCCAAAAACCCUCUCAUAAAUGUUCUCUGGAAAAACAUGAAGGACUACCAAGUACCUCGACCAACAGUCUCUACCACACCAAGGCCGGAGUGGGCAAGGCCUCCAAGCACUCCUUCAGAAUCUGGUGAGCCUGUUUCCACGACCAAAAAACCAGAGUGGACUACCUCCGUUUCAACAGCUGCUCCUACUACUUCUGCUUCCACUUCUACUUCAACUACUACUACGUCAACUUCAACAACUACCUCAACUACUACCACUCCUAGUACUAUUCCACCAGUGUCCUCAACUUCAGAACAAGAACCAAGUAAUUCUGAGGUAACCCAGGGAACCUCAACAUCUAGCCCAAUCGACAACACAAUAUGCGUGGAAGAUGGCUUUAGACCACAUAAGGAAUGUAACAAGUAUUACCAGUGUGAUCAUAAUACACCAGUAGAGUUCUCCUGCAAGCCAGGAACUGUUUGGAAUCAAGAAAAACAAAUCUGUGACUGGCCAGAAAAUGCUAAAAGGAAAGACUGCAAAAACGAGGAAAGUUGA